AUGGACCACAGGACCUUCAUCUCAGACACCCUCCUCCGCCUAACGGGCGCCUCAGAACCCACAAUCAUCGACUUCGUACUCGCGACAGCAUCCUCCGCCAAAUCCGCCCCCUCAUUACAAGACAAACUCGUCCCGUUCCUCGACGGAAGCCCCGACGACGUCGGCGCGUUCUGUCGCGAGUUGUUUGCGCGGACGAACCCCGUUUCUUCGAAGAGUGCGGUACCACCAGCGGCGAAGGAGAAGGAUGUUUCGUCGAAGAAGAAAUAUAGGCUUGUGGAUAUGGGUGAGGAUAUGGCCGAUUCGGGGUCGUUGGGACCAGUAAAUGUUGAAGCUGAUCGGGAGAGGGAGAGACGGAGGAGGAGGGAGAAAGAGCGUCGGAGUCGGGAGAAGGAGGAUAGGGAUGAAGGACGGAGUGGGGGUCGGUGGGAGAAAGAUGAGAGUCGGAAACGUGAGCGCAGUCGAGAGGACGGGCGAGAUCGCCGGUCCAAGAAACUGCGCAGACGGGAUGUGGAUGAUAUUGAGGCUCGUUGGGGUGAUGAGGAGAUUCCCGAGGAGCUGUAUGAGGAAGAGGCUGAGGAAUUUGAGGAGUCGCCUGCGAAGCGUACACGGUUGGAGGACGGGUCUGCGUCGCCUCGAUCCAAUGCGUCCACGGAUUUGGACCCUCAGGCGAAGCAGGAGAUGCAGCGGCAGCGAGAUUUGCAAGAACGUGAUGAAUUUGCGAAACGUCUGGCUAGUAAGGAUGAUAGUAAAUCCAAGAAGAUUGUCGAAGAUCGGACGAGAUCUGGUGAGGCGGCGCGUCGUCGUGCUUUGGCUGAUGAUGCUUCUUCGAGAGCGGCCGCGAUGCCGGAGCUGAGAAUGCGGUCGCGACAGGAAUACUUGAAGAAGCGUGAGACUGAACGACUGGCGCUGCUGCGGAGGCAAGUCGCGGAGGAAACGCAAGAACUACGAGAGAACCCGAGUUUGACGCGCAAGGAGAAGGAAGAAUUCGCCAGGAACCGCGAAGUGCUCCAAAUUGCCGAGGAACGGUUACGAAUUGAUGACUACCGCGAUGGCUACAUGAUGCCAGAAGACUACAUUACGGAGAAGGGCAAGAUCGACCGCAAGAAGAAGGAAGAUGCACUGUACAGGCGCUACGUCGACCGCGAUGAAAUGGGCCAUGAGCGGUUCGUUACGGAACAUGAAGAGUGGGAGAUGGAGCAGACGGCCAAGGCGAAGGCGCAGAUCAAGAAGCCCGAAUUCGUCGAUGAAGGAAACUACGAAUACGUCUUUGAUGAUACUCAGCAGAUCAAUUUCGUCGCAGAUACCAAGCUCGAGGGCACUAGGAAGCCCAUGACAGGAGAGGAGCGGAUGCUCCAGGAGAAGCUUAACGCCGCGGAGCAGAAAGCGGCGUCAAUUGAAGAGACACGAAAGAGUCUCCCUAUCUAUCAGUUCCGAGAUCAGAUUAUCCAGGCUGUUCAAGAUCAUCAGGUUCUCAUUAUCGUCGGAGAGACUGGUUCCGGAAAGACGACCCAGAUCCCGCAGUAUCUGCACGAGGCCGGGUAUACGAAGAACGGGAUGAAGGUUGGCUGCACGCAGCCGCGGCGAGUGGCCGCGAUGAGUGUUGCAUCGCGUGUGGCGGAGGAAAUGGGUGUGAAAAUAGGAAACGAGGUUGGCUAUGCUAUCCGGUUCGAGGAUAACACCAGCGAUAAGACGACCCUCAAGUAUAUGACGGAUGGUAUGCUUCUGCGGGAGCUGCUCACGGAACCGGACCUUGGUCAGUACUCCGCGCUGAUGAUUGAUGAGGCGCACGAGCGGACAGUCCCGACAGAUAUUGCCUGCGGUCUGUUGAAGGAUAUCGCCAAAGCGCGCCCUGACCUGAGACUUCUCAUCUCGUCUGCGACAAUGGAUGCGCAGAAGUUUCAAAAAUACUUUGACGAUGCGCCCAUCUUCAACAUCCCCGGACGACGGUAUCCCGUCGACAUCCACUACACGUCGCAACCGGAAGCGAACUUCUUGGCCGCGGCUAUCACAACCGUGUUCCAGAUUCACGUCACCCAGGGGCCUGGUGAUGUCCUGGUGUUCCUGACGGGUCAAGAAGAGAUCGAAGCCGCUGAGCAGAGUUUAUCAGAGACAGCGCGGAAACUAGGGAGUAAAAUACCCGAGAUGAUCAUCUGUCCAAUCUAUGCAAAUUUGCCGUCCGAGCUGCAGACGAAGAUCUUCGAGCCGACUCCGCCGGGGGCGCGGAAGGUCGUGCUAGCCACGAACAUUGCGGAGACGAGUUUGACGAUUGAUGGUAUUGUUUACGUUAUCGAUCCGGGUUUCGUGAAGGAGAAUGUGUUCAACCCUCGGACAGGUAUGGAGAGUCUGGUGGUGGCGCCGUGUUCGCGGGCAUCUGCCAACCAGAGAGCCGGUCGUGCCGGUCGUGUUGGACCAGGAAAGUGCUUCCGCUUGUAUACCAAGUGGGCAUACUAUAACGAACUGGAAGAGAGCACGACGCCCGAAAUCCAGCGGACAAACCUGAGCAGCGUAAUUCUGAUGCUUAAGUCGCUCGGUAUUGACCAGCUGCUAGACUUCGAUUUCAUGGACCCUCCACCAGCAGAGACCAUCAUCCGCGCACUGGAACAACUCUACGCACUGGGUGCCCUGAACGAUCGCGGCGAGUUGACAAAGAUCGGGCGCCAAAUGGCCGAAUUCCCCACCGACCCGAUGCUAGCCAAAGCAAUUCUCGCCGCAGACCAAUACGGCUGCGUCGAAGAAGUCCUCUCCAUCGUCUCGAUGCUCGGCGAAGGCAGCGCGCUCUUCUUCCGCCCCAAGGACAAGAAAAUCCACGCCGAUAGCGCGCGCAACCGCUUCACCAUCAAGGACGGCGGCGACCACCUCACCCUCCUCAACGUGUGGAACCAAUGGGUCGACAGCGACUUCAGCUACGUCUGGGCGCGCGAGAACUUCCUGCAACAACGGUCCCUUACACGCGCGCGCGAUGUACGUGACCAACUCGCCAAACUAUGCGACCGUGUCGAAGUUACUGUCAGUACCUGCGGAGCAUCCAACAUCAUGCCCAUACAGAAGGCCAUUACCGCUGGAUUCUUCCCGAACGCAGCAAGAUUGCAGCGUGGAGGCGAUAGCUACCGGACUGUCAAGAACGGACAGACGGUAUAUCUGCAUCCUAGCAGUACGCUGUUCGAGGUGAACCCAAGAUGGGUUAUUUACUUCGAGCUGGUGUUGACGAGUAAGGAGUAUAUGAGGAGUAACAUGCCUUUGCAAGCAGAGUGGCUGGUGGAGGUUGCGCCGCAUUAUUAUAAGAAGAAGGAUUUGGAGACACUCGGAGUUGAGAAGAAGGUUCCUAAAGGGCAAGGGGCAGCUGGAGAAAAGAGUCGCAUGUAA